UCGCAACGAAAAUCGAACCAAACUGUGAAUGAUGGGGUUGUGUUUUGUCCAAAAAUCUUGUUGACAUUGAUAAAACAGUUCCAACUUAGAGCCUUCUUGAGAGCAUAACUAACAAGUAACCAUGACAACAGAAGGGAGGGCACCUCACAAUCAGCCUGGGAGGACAGAGGAUUUGAAGACUGUCAUUGAGAUAUUUGACACAGUCACAGCUAUUGUUUCUCAACCCUUCCUCAACCUUUUCAACUUUGCUGAUCAUGAUGCGUGCAAGAAGUUACUUCUGGAGGUAUCAGAAGCGUCCAGUGUUGAGCUGUGUUCAUCCCCAGGCACCAAUCCCAACCACCCAGCAUUCAGUCUCACAGGAUCACUGUCCAGUCUCCUCAAGACUGAGUCUUUUCUUUUCGAGAAAUUUCAAGAAUUGAACCAAGUGGGGAGAGCAGAAGCAAGUGUUGUCAGUGCUAAUGGUUUACAAGUAUUGGCAGAGGUCACAGAAGAAACCUUAAAUGCUCCAAGAGUGAUGUCUGAACCAUUAGAGUCGUCUGUCCUUCCAACCAGGGUAUAUCAGCUUUCUGAUGCAGCUUGUGCAGAGUUGAAGAGCUCUUCAGGAGAGAGCACUCAAGUUGAUCAGGAUUCGGGAAUUACCACUGCUAUUUUAAACCAGAGUUAUCAAGGUAAACGUCCUGCUAGGCCGGAAAGCAAGGAUUUAGUUGCAAUUUCUCAAACUCUGUCCUCGAACAAAGAAUCUAAGAGCAGUAAGCAAGCGUCUAGCAAUGUAUCAGAAUGUAAAAUUAGCCCGGAAAAUAGGAAAUAUGAGACUUUAUGCGCCUUGUUGGGUUUUGGAAAGCCACAGAACAAAUUGGUUCAUGAAGAACAUGGGGCGGCAGCUCUCCGAGCUAAAGCCACGGAGUCGAAGGCAGAGGCCUGUCAUGAAAUUGAAGGAGAGUUAAAGAUUGAAAGAGUAACAGCUAAACAUCCUAAUGUAGUGCCAUCAAUCAUUAGUAAAGUCCAUUCUGUGUUGGAAAAGUGCCGUGGCGAAAAACGCAAGCGAAAUAGUAACGUCAUAGUUGCUGAUUCUGAAAGGAAAAGGUCUUUGAGAAUUAAACAGAGGGCAUCCGGUUCAAGCACUAAUGUAAAAACAUGUGGUGCACAGACGCAAAGGGUUACAUUGUCUGCUCAGAAAUAUGUACAAAAAAGAACUCUGAACAAAAGGAAUCAUACAGAUGACAGAAGUGAAGCUCCACGCAGAAGCCUGCGAAAUAAGAGGAGUGGAGCAGCUGUGGAAAACACCCAGCCAACAAGCACCCGAAAAAGUGUGAAACAAACAAAUGCUGAACCAGCGAGCACCAGAAAUAAGGAUUCCUUUUCCAAUUCUGAAUGUGAGACUUCCGCUCAUCAAGAACCGGAAGUCCAGGAUCAUCAACUAAGAAUAGACAGUGCAUUUAAGCUAAGUACAGGAUCUGUCAAAUCGCAGACAGAUGCACACACAAGUGAAGCAUCUCAAGUGGAAUGCCGGCCAGAAAAUGAAGAGGAGAAUCGUCCAGAGAAAGGUAUGAAAGGUAUGUGGUCCAGUGAAGCCGCAGAAACCAGUGGCUUAAGUGUAACGUCUGCUGUGGUUUCUGGGAAUGAUGACCUUUUAAAGGUUCCAGUGGAAACUCGUGCAGCGGAUGAAGAAGUAGUUGCUCCAGGUUUAAGUGACUUAAGGCAGCCAGAGUCUUCUGUUGAAGAAAGCAGUAGCCAAAAUGUAGAAAAUGCAAAUUCUGUCACAGACUCAUUAGAGGAUCUUUCUAAUAAACGCCCAAUACAUACGGGUCAGAUCAAGGGGAAUAAAAGUGACUCCAACAAUCAGAAACUUGCGGCUCUAACGAAUGCGUUUCAUUAUUCAAAUCCAGUUCUCAGGGAAAUCGAUAUGUUUCGAGAGGAUAACGGUAUUGAACUCUUGCAAAUCGUAGAAUCAAACAACAAAACUGUCAUCACGAAACAAAGCGGACAUUGUGCGAUAUGUGGUCAGGAAUUCGAAAGUUGUCAGUCCUUUGCAGCUCAUAUUAUGUACAGUCACUUUAAGUUCAAAUGUCAGAAAUGUCUGUCUGUGUUCUCCAAGAGAGAAGCUCUCGAGGAUCAUGUGCGUGGCGAAAACAUCUGUCAGGGACCUCGGCUGAAAAGCCGACGUAGGAAAAGGAGCGACGCUCGUUCCGAGUCGACUCCAUCGAAGAGGAAAGAUUUACGGUGUGGGGAUUGUGAUCAGGUAUUCGGUCACCGUUCUCGACUUGACAAACACCAGUUAGAGGCUCACAAUCCAAUCGUCGUUUGUUCUGUUUGCAAUGAAACGUUCCAGUCCUUCGCACGUCUGCGAGUGCACAUUGAUCUCAUCCACACGGAACAGGAGCACAUAUGCGAUGUCUGCGGGAAAAGUUUCAAAGCUUUGGCAAAUAUGGUCGGUCACAGAAAACGCCAUAACGCUGAAAGACGCUUCGUGUGUGGGAAUUGUGGUAAAGCGUUUAAAGACAAGUGUGCCUGGAAGGAGCAUUUAGAAACGCACAAGCCCAAAGAGGAGAGGACUUGCCGAUUUAUUUGCCCUACCUGUGGUAAACGCUUCCAGUCAAAGCGGGUGUGUUUGGACCAUCAAAACAUCCAUACUGGGACCAGGCCCUAUGAAUGCGAGCUGUGUCGCUUGAGAUUCGCAAGUUUAGGCAUUAUGAAAAGUCACAUGAAGAUGAAACAUAGUGAUAAUCGCCCUUACCGCUGUGACUUAUGUCCCAAAGCCUUCAAGGAAAAACGCGCACUACAAGCGCAUACUGUCACGCACACAGGCAUAAGCGAACAUAAAUGUCUUCACUGUGGUCGCCCCUUUGGAACUGCGACAAUUUGCAAGACGCACAUGCUCAAAUGCAAGAAGUCUAAAGGCGUCACCCCGAUGCCCGGAACCUUUGAGCCCACCAAAUCGUUUGAGACGAGUGAAACUUCAGUCGUGGAUACGUCAGCUGUGGAAGUGCAUCUAGGUGUGGAGGAAAGCCAGAGCGCGGUGGAGACAAUGGAAAUGACGUUUGACGAUCAGCAGAUUACAGAGUUACAAGUGACCACAGAAGUGGUGGAGGACCCUGUGGUGUUCAUGUGCAGUGCUUGCAAUGAAACCUUCGAUAACAUGGAAUCCGCCGCUACUCACAUCAGCCUGUGUCAAGUGGAGGGGAAAGAGGAGAACGCAUUGUCUUAAUGGCCGGAUCGUAAAGGUCAUUGAACUGUAAAUGCUCGUCGCUCCAUAGCAAUGGAGACUUCGUUUGGCUGGUUAUAGUUGUUGGCCCAUUA